CGCCGCCGUCCUCGUCAAUGGUGUCGUCGACCCGCGGCAUGCACGGCCUCGCCCGGCUCCCUGCAGAGCUGUGGACGCUCAACCUCUCAGGCACACUCACGGACAAGGUAAGCUACGCAUUAGAAAGGCGCACACAGGCAAGGUCCGGCUCAGGCACACUCACAGACAAGGUAUGCAGCAAACCGGCACACAGUGGCACUAAUGCAUCCCAAUUCCGUGCAUGUAGGAGACCAUGCGGCUGUCUGUCCUGGACGAAAGCUGCUUCGAGGCCAUCUGCUCGUCCACCCUCGUCAUCGGACCAGACGUCCCUCGGCCUCGGCGAGCCCAGCUGUGCUCCAAUGGCUCUCAGAAGAUCAUACUAGUGGUCGCCAAGGGAGGCUGCCGCCUCAAGAACGAGGCUCUGAAGUUCUUCGUCACUACUAUGCAGCAGCAGGGCGACACCAUCAAGGCCAUCAAGUCGGUCCAGUGUGCAUUUGAAGGUUACCGCCGGCCGGGGUGGGACCCCAAGUGUCUCCGGGGCGAAGCGCGGACGUUUCCGGCGCUCACCGACAUCGACGUGGGGCUCAUUCCUGUGCUGCAGAUAUUCCGGCACUUCAGCUGGAAGGCACCCGGCCUGAAGACCCUCACAGCCCGAGUGCGCAGCGACAGCCAGCCAUUGCUAGAUCUGACGGGACACCUCAAUGCUGGCGGUUUCCAAGACGCGCUGAGCCAACUGUUGACCCAUUCGCCCCUCAUCCGCCACAUUGACGUGUUCCCUCUGCCUACACACGUCUGCGGCACGGCACUCGACACACGUGGAGGCAGCCUGGAAUCGGUGGGCGACAUGGUCUUCCUCACGCACGAUAAGGAGAUGGACAGGCUUGUGCGGGGCCUGCCGCGCAUCCAGGCGUCAGCGUCGAGGAAGCACAUCGGCAUGUUCGACCGCAACUUGGCCUUCGACUCGACCCUGCCGGCCUCAUUCAGCCCGACCCGUCGUCGUCACACGAGCGGCAUGGAGGCCGGACCCCUGCUCAUGCAGCUGCUGGUCGAGCUGGAGAGCCGUGGUACGCACGAAGUAUGGGGCACAAGAAGGCGGGCAAUGCUGUGGAUGGGACUGUGGUCUUGAUGUCUUGAUUUCAGGCUAUUGCCCGGUGGCGAAAGGGGAAGGGUAUUCUGUCGAGCUCAAGGGAGUCCCAGCACCAGCAUCUCCUGACACGUGCCCACCAGAGGUGGAGGGUUCAAUCCGUGACAUCGUCAAGCGCGCAUUAAAGCAGGCCAUCACGGUGGAGAUGAGCUAUGACGAGGACUCGCAGCCCUGGGACGACUCCUGGGACCUCACCGACUCGUGUGGCCGACCGGUCGUGUUCGACAAGACCAAGUACCUCAUCAUCAAGUACGUCGAUAAUCUUCGUGGCUACGUCGGCCAUGAUGCGGUGAGUGAGUAAGGACGCCGGAAUCAGUGGACGCACCCAUGCAUCUCUCUCCCUCUCCUUUGCUGUCCGUUCCGUCUCGUAGAUUGCCGGUUGGACGGCGGGCGGCUGGACGAGUGUCGAGGAGCUCACCCUCGUGAAGGUCGAGCUGCAGAGCGUCAAGGAUCACGUCUCUUUCCACGAGCAUCAGUUUACGGCCGAGGGCAUCUACGAGAAGCCCCUCCCUCCUCAGCUCCCCAUGACGCAGCAGCAGGCGGCAGAGCAGGCGGCGGAGCAGGCGGCGGAGCAGGCGGUAUACGCAAUUACAGGUACAUGGGUACCGGUGCGCCCUCCACUUCCCAGGAACGACUACGUGCUCUCGGACCCCCUGCAGCGGCUGCUCAAGACCAUGCCACCCACACUCCACACCGUCCGACUCAUCGACGUGCCCUGGUGGGUGGGUAGGUGGGUGGGCGCACACCUUGAGUCACCGUGAGACUUGCGUGGGUGUAUGUGGUGCACUCAUUCAGGUGGGCGGCCUUUGACGCGUUUGCGUGUCUGUUUGAGGGCACUGCGGCUCAGCCAGGGGAGGGAGGCACCAAGCGUGUGUGUCUGGACAAGCUGGAGGUGCGGACGGAAGUGCAGGACAGCCCCCUGGUGGUGCCUGAGAAGGGCGGCGCCUUGUGGAGUACCAUUCAGGAGCGCCUCUCGGUCGGCCAGCUCACCAUGCACGUCAAGACAGAGGUGCGCUGAAUGCACCCCAGUCACAUCUCUCUCACACACAAUCAUCUGCGCCUCCUGCCUGUUCAGUUCGACUAUCCUUUGAAGGAAGACGUGCCUCGCUACUCGCCUGACCAUUUCCGAGUGUACUACGACCUCAUCCUCCUGCUGCAGCCCGACACCGUGGGGCUCACCGUCAAUACUCUGCUGCGACGUGAGCAUCCACAACACACACGUGAACAUUGCUGGAACAUGCUCUAUGUGGUCCACAGGAGCUCCUCUUGAACACGUCUUCGACUGGUCGGAUGAUGGAUCUGACAUCGAGCCUGACGAGGCCAAGUAUCCCUACCUGAAGGGAUUCACCGGCGACAUCCGCACGAGGUAUCGCAUGUGCCACUGCGGGGCCAGAGGCGACUACCCAGGCCACAUGAACUGGACGGACAGCCGGAUGGAUGUGGUGCUCAAGAGGCGCAAGCUGGGUGACCUCAGCGGCCUGGGGGCCAACAAGUGUGCCAUGCAGUAGCUCAAGUGAUUGCAGUGAAGGGCUUAUGAGGUUGCGUGUUUUAUGCGUGUGUGCAGACUUGUGCAUAUGAUGUGUUGUGUGUGACGGCUGUACUUCAUCCGUUCAAGCAUCGUUGCUGCACCGCGUGUCCUCGAGGUGAUGCACACAGCCCUCAUUGCAUGAUCAACCAGCAUAACUUCAGA